AUGAGAAUCCCCCUCUUCAAACGCCUGGUCAUCACGACCUUGAACAUCCUCUUCCCGCCGCUCGCGGUGCUGCUGAUCACGGGCCCCAACCAAGACUUCAUCUUCAACUGCGUCAUGUUCAUCCUGGCCAUCAUCCCCUCGCACAUCCACGGCUUCUACAUCUCUCUGACUUACUUCAACCGCAAGAGAAAAGUCCGCAAGGGGGUGUACCCUGGCGACCCAAAACAUUUGAUCUGGAGCGACCGGGUCACCAACGGAGGUGCGUCCAGGAGGGAGAUUGAGAGGUUGAGGUAUGAGAAGGAGCAGGGAAAGCUCAGCCGACGCGUUAGCCGGAGAGUCACUGGAGCUUCCUCGGGACGUCGUGAUGAUUCUCGUAGGCGAGUCGACGACUGGGACGACGGAUAUUACAAGGAAUAUGCAGUGAGUCCGCAAAAUAGCCGGAUUGCGAGACACCCCCAGCCACAGAGCCCAUGA